UUUCCUGCGCAGGCAGCUCGCUGGCCACGCCUGCCCGGCCGGGGAGGAGGAGGAGGGGUCCUUGCUGUUGGAACAGUUUGAACGGGUUGUGGUUGGCGUGAGAAGUGUCGCCGGAUCAGUGCCUCGGAACGCGGCAUGCUUGGCCAGGUAAAGACAGGAUGGAAGCUAUUUUGAUGAGACUGAAGCAACUCACUCCUACUGAACUCAGACAAGAAAUUCUCAAUGCUGGAUUGAACUAUGGACCCAUAACUUCGACAACCCGCUUCAUUUUUGAGAAGAAGUUAGCCCAGGCUUUGUUGCAGCACCAGGGAGGGGGAGAAGCAGAUAAGCUGCCUGAAUUAACUGAUGAUUCAGCAAAACCUCAAGGCAACAGUGCUUUGUGUAGCCGCUUCUUGGACGUGUCUGACUGCAGCUCUGCUGCAUGUUUUGGCAGGUCCCAUCUGUCGAGCGAUGCCAGUGCCAACAGAGAUGCGCAUUUUGGAUAUGAUGUGGGACUGAACCCUCCAGAUGAGACAACAUUGUCAAAAGAUGUAGAUGUGAGUGAUUUACAGUACAGUACCGAGCAGAUGACAGGAGGAUCAACUACCACCUCUUCACUUUAUUAUGGGGUUUGUCCAGUCUGGGAUGACAUAUUGUCUAGGAAUGACACGGUGCAUGUAUAUUUGGAUAAGAAGGAAGCUCUUCAAGCUGUAAAGCUGAUGAAAGGAUCUCGAUUCAAAGCUUUCACCAAUAGAGAAGAUGCAGAAAAGUUUGCCAGAGGUAUUUGCGACUACUACCCGUCUCCAAGCAAGUCGUCUGCGUGCAUAUCUCCGUUGAAAGCCAGUGUGAUGUGUAACAGAGAUGGUGCAAGUUCUCUGGAAGUAGAAAGCACCAACAGGGAGCGAGCCAACAGUUUUAAAAGCCCACGUUCUCAGGACUUAACUUCUAAACUGCGGAAAGCCAUUGAAAAAGGAGACAAGACUUCUUUUCUUGAACUUGUGUGGAGUAAUCCACGUUACCUAAUAGGAUCUGGAGAUAACCCUACAGUUCUACAGGAAGGAUGUCGGUACAAUGCUAUGCAUGUCGCUGCUAAAGAGAAUCAGCCUCAAAUUUGCCAACUUCUAUUGGACACAUUGGAGAACCCUGAUUUUAUGCUGCUGAUGUAUCCAGAUGAUAAUGAAAUAAUGCUGCAAAAACGCAUCAAAUACAUAGUUGACCUUUAUCUCAACACGCCUGAUAAAAUGGGUUUUGAUACGCCAUUACACUUUGCCUGUAAGUUUGGGCAUGCAGAGGUGGUUAAUGUAUUAUGCUCGCAUCCUGAUACCAGCAAAGUUUCAAAGAACAAGUAUGACCUAACACCAAUGGAGGUCAUCUGUGAAAGGAGUAAAACUAAAUCUGAUGAACUAAAGGAAAAGAUCCGAGAGUAUUUACAAGAUCGAUAUUACGUACCAUUGCUAAGAGAUACUGACAACUCUUGCCCAGCUGUCAUUGGUUCUCCCUGGUCACCUGAUCAGUCAGCUAAGCUGCAUUGUACAUCUUUAUCCAGGCAUACUGGGAAUCCCACAGAUCCAAUUAUGGAAGUUAGAGCAUUUGCAGGACCCAUGUCUCCAUCCAAGGCAGAGGAAUUUCGCAGAGUAUGGAAAACUCCAUCCCGAGAUAGGGCAAGCGAAUUUAAAAAGGCAGAUGCUGAGCGAGGUUAUGAGAGGGUUGGAAGGGAUUUAGCUCAUGAAAUGGGGCAUCCGUGGGCUGAGUACUGGGAAUUUCUUGGCUGUUUUGUUGAUCUUGUGGCCCCAGAAGGAAUCCGAAAAGUAGAAGAAUAUCUGAGUAAGAGAGCUGAACAGGAAGGUGGAGACAUCCAUAUCUGCAAUAGAUUCAAAAGUCCUCCACCAAGUGGUAAAACCAGUAAAUACUGCAACUCAAUUUCUGUUGGUGCUUUUUUGGAUGAUGAUGACAUUAGUUUAGAAGAAUUAAAAAAUAGACAAAAUGCUGCAUUGAAAGUCAGCAGGUCAAUGAUUAUACCUGGAAAAAGCCCUCGUGCCAUUGAAGAAAACGGGUGCCAUAUACUUCCUGUGCAGCGCACAGCAGACAUUAUUGAUUCUACAGACAACCUAAGUAAGCCUGACAUAGAGAUAUCACCUAAUCUAAAUGGAGUUUGUUCCCCUGUUGGUAAUGAAAAGCCUGGAGGGCGAUGUUCUCGUUCAUUUACCAGGUCAGGAUCAAAAGAUAUCCUUUCCCCUGUUUCUAACCUCAUGGCUGAAUUUGAAAAGCUUUCGCUGCAUGACAACAAAGAGAGAAAUUUGUUUUCUGAGACGAGUGAAGUAACAGCAGAGUUAAUGGGCAGUAAUGUGUCAGGAUUGGUACCUCAUGAAAAAAGCUCUGUGUAUGAUCAGGAUAUUCACUAUCAUAAGGCUGAUCUGAUUGAGACAGAUGUGUUGACUGAAAUGAAAACCAGAAAAGAGAAUCCAUUACUCACUCCCAGCCAGCAGCAGCCUGUGGUAGAAGGUAGCGAUGAAAUCUCAGAUUUAUUGUCAUUAUGCACGUCAAAGGUAGCAACUUUACAGCUCGAAAAUCAGAGGAACUAUGCACACAGCAGCACCUUGGCCUGUAGGACAGAGAGUUCUCCUGCUUUGGAGAGGGAGGCUUCUGUACAUUUUUCAAUACAGGAAUCAAACGCAUCUCAGAACAAGCUGAACCCGAGGUCCAAUAUGCAAUUGGAGAGCAUCACCUGCAGAUCCCCAGAAGAUGGACAGCAACUUCUUCCCAAGCAUACCCAAGGGCAUUUAAGAAGAGGAUCCACCAAGGGGAUAUUUCUGGUUGGAGAUGAACCAACAAAGCUUGACAGUGAUGUUUUAGCUGCACUGAGUGGGGUUGAUAUUGACCCUCAGAUGUUCCCAUGUUUAAGUCAAUGGAAGAGCAGAAUGCAGUCCUAUUCCGUGUCAGAAAUGCAGAGUUGGCCAAGCCCUGCUAUACUAAAAGGGAGACCAAAAAUGCAGUCCGUUACACCGAGUUCUCCAUGCAGCUCUGGUCUCUCCACUCAUGGGAGAUCUAGUCCACUGUGCCACAGUCCAGGAAAGUUUGGGAGCUCCCCUUACUCAGAGUUUGGAAGCCCAGGGCGAUAUAGUCCAGCCUAUGCCAGCCAUAUCCAGGUGCUGCGACUUCUGCACUUCUCUGAACCAUCUGAGCUCUAACACUUGAUGUUGUGAUACCACUAUGUUGCCCCACUUUAGAGGGAGAACCAAUUUUAUAUUUUAAAAAAAUGUAGUUUCCUAAAUCUGUCUAUAAUGUACAAUGGCCGUUUACUGUAUUCUGUUUGAUUCUGUUGAUGUAAAUCAAUUUUCACUGCAUUUCUUUAUUGCUUGCUGCAUUGUCCCAAGUUCCCCAUUUCUCUGUAAUCAAUGUUAACCCUGAUUUUUCUGCCAUUUCUUCGUCCAAAAGUGAAUAUGUUUUGACUUUUUUUACGCUGUGCUGUAAUAAAAUGUCCCCCAUUUAGACUUUCUCAAAAAGAGCAGCAGUGGGGGAAAAAAUAAUUUACCUUUUUGAGAACUUCACGACCAAGGCACCUCUGAGGAUUGAAAAGGAGCCUGCUCUGGGUCCAGGCUGAUAAUGUCAGGAACACUCCCAGUUAUGUAUGGUUUUUUUUUUUCAAUUUAAUUUCUGUGAAAUUUCUGUAAAAUUCCACUGAUUUGGGCGGUGGGAGUUAGGGAAAUGGGCGUUGCUGUGGAGGGGGAAUAAAUUAACUUGGCUUGUUUAUUAACCCCACUAUUAUUGCUGAGAAAUACAUUUGUGGGUGUGUUCUUAAACAUUAUAUAACAUGGAACUGAUGACUAACGUGCUGCAGGAAGUAAGUUCAUGUAAUUGGUGAUCAGAAAGAUGAAAAACUUACUUUCUUUCUUUACAUGCGCAACUUUUAAGGUACUGACAACAGUGAACCUGUCAUCCUGACACCUUGUUUGCAUUGGUUGCAAGGUAUUCUCAGUAUGUUUGUCAAUUGUAUUAAAGAUUAUUUAUUUGUUACAAGAAAAUUGUAUCUGUGACUUUUGCAAGCUUUUUAGUGCCUUUUUUUUAAAAAAAUCUUUUAAAUUGAGCUGUGGACUAGCUUUACUGUUGCCUUUAAUGUAAUUAAAUGCAGCAUGUAGGUAUGGGAUGACUGGAUAAUUUCUGGAGACCAGCUACUGUUGAGCCCCCCCCCCCCCCCCCCCAAGUUGUUAUAGCACAGAUAUUUAGGACACAACGCUAUCCUGAAGCACCUUUCUUGCCCAUGUACAAAGUGGUUUUACACUGUUGCUCCCACACCCACAAGUGCCAGCAGACUGGUGUUGUGGUUGUACGAAAAUGUCUUAUUGGCUCUGACCUUUCAGACUGCACCUCUGGGAUGUAGCAUGUAUUAUGGUACAUUUCUUACUGUGUAAAUGUGAAAUGAUAACUGUGUAGAGAAAAGAAUAAACAGAAGUGCACAAAA